AUGCAGGUACCAUUGAAUCCACCAGAGCUCUCAGGGUUGGGCCUGCCGCUACAGCUACAACCCCAGCCCAUGAUUGAGCAGGUGGUGGAAUCACAUUCACACAGUCAUCACCCUGCUACCCGGGCCAGAACUGAAGGUGUUAUCAUUGCCCCCAAGCGGGAAGUAGUUGAGCAGAACCCUCAGGCUGAUCCCUCUGCUGGAGCAACUGCCCUGAUCCUCGAAAGGAUGCAGCAGAUGGAGCAGAGGUUGGCUCGGACGAAAGCCGGCGUCCAGGCGGCAAUCCAAAAUCCGCUCUUUGCAUCUAGGCCAGGCCCAUUCUCCCUUAGAAUCCUAACAGUCGUCAGAUCGGCGCAUGCCAAAACGCUAAAGAUACCACAUUACAAUAGACUGACGGACCCCUUUGUUCACAUGGACACCUUCCACAAGGUGACAAGCAACAGGGGAUUCAAUGACGCCACCCUGUGUCACAUGUUUAGUGAGACACUGGAUGGAGAGGCGAUGGGAUGGUUCUUUGAAUGUCCACCAAGGACCAUGGACUCUUUCCAUGCUCUAACGGAGGCUUUCCUUUCGUGGUUCAUCCUGCUGGCCGUCAGACAUCACAUCACAAGCCAGUUAUUCAAUGUCAAGCAGGGCGCAGAGGAGACUUUGAAGGCGUUCAUAACAAGGUGGAGAGCAGCGACAUCCGAGUCUCGAGGCCUUGACAAGACCAGGGCGUUGGCUGCCUUUAAGCAAGGAUUACUCAAGGGACCCUUUCUUUAUCACCUGAAUUACAAUCAUCCAAAUGCUGCAUACAACCUAGUCAUGAUGGAGGCUGUCGUCCAUGCACAGGCAGAGUUCGUCACAUACGGUGAAGCUCGACCACCGCCACGAAUUGUAGUGAGAUCUAAUCAACCUUCAUCCAGUCAGCCACAAACCGCUGAUAAAACUCCCAGCACACUACCCGGUGAAAGGAAGAGGGAGUGGCAACAAGGAGGCUGUAACCAGAAUAAGCAGCACAAAGAUCAACAAUUCCAAAAGGGGGACCGCUUAUCCCAGGGAGUUAGCCGCAGCAAACAGCUGGAGUCCUCUCAGGGGUAUGCUGUCUUCAAGGUUCUUAUCGCCUCAUAUGAGGAAAUAUAUGAUCAAUGCAAGGAUCAAAUACCAGCACCACCUCCAGGCAGGUAUCCAAAGGUGGGUAAACCCAGAAACACUGGCAAGUGGUGCAAAUACCACGAGGACAGCGGCCAUAACACCAAUAACUACAACGCCCUCAAGAUAGCGAUCGAGACAUUGUACCGUGACGGUAAGCUGCAACAAUUCAAGGCGUGUCAAUUGCCACAGGUGGUUGGCAACAUUGAGCCCAUUUGUCGUAUCAACACCAUCGACGGCGGCGCCCCAAUCACCGACAUGUCUCACAGGGCAAGAAAGCGCUAUGCAUGCGCCACUAACCCCAAGGAAAUUUGUCACAUCAGUUUCGAACGAUCCGCCAAGCUUCCCAAAGCAGGAUGGGAACCUAUCAUGUUCACAGAGGAGGAGGAGCGCAAUGUCCAUCUCCCCCAUGAUGACCCAUUCCUAAUUGAUGCAACACUUGACAAGUGGUCUGUGGGUCGGGUCCUCGUUGAUAGCGGAUCUGCUGUCAAUGUCAUUUUCAACGGCUGCUACAACCAGCUUCAGCGGAAUAGAAAAUUGUUACAGGAUCAUGAGCCGCUACUCAGCUUCUCUGGCGACAUUAUGCAACCACUAGGGUCUGAUUACAUGGGCCUUACUAUUGGUACCAGUCCAUGCACAGCGGAGGUACACACCGAAUUCAUCAUUGUUGACUGCCACAGCUUUUAUAAUGCUAUCAUUGGUCGACCGGCGCUGAGUAAGCUCAAGUGUAUUAUUGCCGGGUACAUGCUUCUCAUGAAGUUCCCUACCCCUAAUGGCCCUAGUUGCGUAAGGGGAAGUCAACAACUUUCUCGGGAAUGUUAUUCCACGACAAUUGCAAGAUCAACACCCAGCUAUGAGAUCCUAACGGUAGGCGGUCGUGUGCCACUAACGGAAGCAAUAGACAUCCCUACAACUCAUUUGCCUGUCGGAUGA